GACGAUGCGGAAGAUCGCCAAUAUGCUACACUGAUAUGCAAUUACAUGAAGCAAAUGACAGGCCAACAGCAGUCGACCGUUCUACCCGUCAAAUUGACAGCUGUUGCAUGCAUUUCGUACAAGGUGCCAGUUGCCGGAGCCACGCCAGGAAAGGUCCUGCAGCACUGUGUGAAGCAGCUGGAAAGCUUGUUUCGUGAGAAGGGGCCUGGUUGUCGAAAUAUCCGACUGGGCGGCGAUACCAUGCACACGGAGCAGUCUACCUCGGCCAGCUACAGAUCUGCGAUACGUACAGCGCGGGAUGUGGUCUCAGACAUCGGCAAAGAGGCAGCAGCUGCCAGCGGAGGCCUUGUGGAGUUAGCUACAAUUUCGGAGAGUAAAUCAGAGAGAGAUGGCUCACGGCUAAUGGGUCGCAAAGCUGGUCUGAGCUUGCCAGUUCCACUGUCGAUGCUCGGGGAAGACGAUCUUGCCUUCCCCAUUCUGAAACUUCGAGAUUGGGGGCAGUUCCUAGCUGACAAGCACUGCUUACACAUGCUGGUCGGGUUGGCUAAACCCGACCUCAAGAGAGAGCAACACAUAUGUGAAGAAUUCUGGACCAAGCACCGGAAGCUUCAUCCGGAUCAUCAAACACAUGAGCGCUUUGCUCAGGGAUCACUGGACCCAAAACAGACUUUUCCUUUCGUCUACCAUGGGGACGAAGGCCGUGGCCGCCGCCGUACGCCAUUUCUUGUUUGCAACUUCCACAGUUUGAUGGGGAAGGGCACGGAGGAACAGCGUGGACAACCCAGGCCUUAUCUCAAGCUCCGGAUGAAUUUCAAGGACAGCUCGCUGAUCACGAGACUUCUUCACUGUGCGGUUCCAAAAAAACUGCACCAGAAAAGCCACAUAUUCGAAGCUCUGAUGCAAAAUGCGGCGAGUGAAGCUUUGUUCAUGGUCAACAAUGGCGUGGUACAGAACCACACCAACCGCCGAGUCGAGGGGGUUUUUUACAUCAACGUUUUGACUUUAUAUGCUUGUGACAAGGUCUACUUCGCAGUUAUUGCUGUCACAGGGGAUUGGCCCUGGCUUCAUCGAUGCGGGAAUCUGUCACUUGUGCGCUGCGGGGGCCCGUGGGAAACAAUUCAUGAAAGGGAGCCGCGCUGGCUCCAGACAACUUUUUCCGAGUCUGGAUUUGCAACGGUGCCUGCUGUCGCUCGGCUGCUUGCUAUCCCUGGGCAGGAGGAAGGCAUCCUGACAUAUGAUGCAUUCCAUGCCUUCCAUUUAGGCGUUGGCAAACAUUUUCUGGGAAGCUGCCUAGCUCUCUGGAGCUGUCACUUUCCGGGCAGCAACGUGGACUUGCGCUUCGAAGCCUUGGAACACAGCUUUUUUACAUGGUGCAAAACAAACCGGCAAGUCCCCGUGCUCACGCGGCUCACAAAAGAGAGCAUCCAAUGGCCGUCCACUCUUGACUAUCCAGCUGGAGCUUGGUUCAAAGGUUCCGUCACGACCGUCCUCUUCAAAUUUUUGGAGGCAACCAUGUGCCAGCAAAAUUGGGCUAGCGAGCCGAUGUUGGCAAAAGCUGCCGAAGCGGUUCAAAGCAUCAACAAGUUCUUCUCAGCUUUGUAUGCAUCUGAUUUAUUCCUCGAGCCUGGGCGGGCCGUUCAAAUCGCGGAAGAUGGGCUUCGCUUUCUGCGCCGCUUGGCGUGGCUAGCCAAACAGGCCGGCAAAGAUCAACGUGCUCUUUGGUUGCUGACCCCCAAAGUUCAUAUCAUGCACCACCUGCUUCUCAGCGACCUUUUGCUGCCGGCAAAGCGGGGAAUCUGGCCGAUGAAUGUACUGGCCUGUUCGGUACAAAUGGACGAGGACUUUGUGGGUGUUGGCAGCAG